AUGCCUGCUGAUAAUCGAUGUUUCGUAACAGUGAGAUAUUUUGGAGAUGAAAUCAAUAUUGAUUAUAAUCGUAGUUUGUUUAUACCUGGAGAUGACGAAAUUCUUGUUAUGCAACAACAUUGUGGUGGAGAAAAUCUUAUUGUUUUUAAAGGUUUAUUGAAACCUGAUGAGGAUUUUUCAUUUCAAUCUCGACGACAUACAGAUUAUCCAUUUGCAUUAGCAUUUUAUAUAAAUGGCGUUAUUAAUAAUCGUCUAUCGGUUUGUUGUGAAAAUAGAUGUAAAGAUUAUAUGCGAAUUGGAGGAAAACGUGGUCUAUUUGCUAUUAGAAAUAUCGAAAAUUGUGCACCAUGUCGAAGAUGUCGAUUUGAACAACGAAUGAAAAAAUUGAUGGAAGGAGAACCGAAACCAAAACCUAAACGAAAUCGCUAUCGAAAACCAGCUGAGAGUGGUACACCAAGUCGACAGUCAAGUACUUCUCGUGAGACAAAAUCAACACUUCCAUGUACGGAAAGUUCACAGCAAACAGAAACCAAUACAGGCAGUCCUAAGCCAGCUCAACCUAAUAAGACAGAUUCCAAAACAAAUGGAUCUCUUACAUUCAGUACGGAAACUAAUAAUAAGGAUCAUUCCAAAAUAAAUCGAUCACCUAUAUCAAGUCCAAUACCAACCGAACCGGAUAACAAAGAUCAUUCCAAAACAAAUGGAUCACCUGCAUCGAGUCCGAAACCAACUGAAUCUGAUAAUAGGGUUGUUCAUGCGACAUAUUCCCAUGAUUCAUCUUCUGAAAUAUCUGAUUCCCCUAUUUCUUCUCCAAAAACAAACCAAUUUAAUGAGAAAGAUUCCAAGACAAGUGGAUUUCGUAUAUCCAUUCCGAAAAUAGUCGAUAGUAAUAACGAGGAUCAUUCCGAGACAAGUGAAUCAUCUACACCGAGACAGAAAUCAAUCGAAACAAGUAAAAAUGAUGUUUCGAAAAAUAAUAAACCUCGUAUGUCGAGUCCAGAGUCAAUUAAAUCUGAUGUAUCAAGUGUGGAAGAACAACAUGGAUCAUCAUCUCUAACAAGAAUUCGUCCGAUGACUGCGCCAAGUAAUCAACGAAAAGCAACUAGUUCACCAAAUCCAUCUGGUGCAGAUCUUGAAGAAGUAGACGAUGAAAUACAUUCACCGCUUUCAACUACUCGUGAAAACGAUCAAAUUCAAUAUAGAAAAAAUAAUAAUCUCGAUCGUGUUUCUAUUGUUUCAUCUGAAAAAGAUGAUAAUGAAGAAUUAGCAACAAUAAGCGACGAUUCAAGUACUGAUUACGAAGAAACUCUAGCUUCAUCAAAUUUACAUAAAAAUACUGAUGAUUAA